GUCAACCAUCACAAGAGAAUGUCACAAUCUCGACUUUUCAGCCAAGCUCUUCCCCGGCCUCUACCUCUAUUGCUAACAACCUCACGAAAACCCCAGUCUAUAGCAUCAAUAUGGAUGCUGAGCAGGGUCCUACGUUGAAGCCCCCAGUCAUGUCGGAUCAGGCAGCCCAGGAUGCAAGCGAUCUCGCCGACCUUGGUCACUCGCAAGCACUCAUCCGCAAGUUCGAUACAUGGAGCAUGCUGUCCCUCGCCUUUGUCGUUCUGGGCACUUGGUCAGUCUUUGCGCAAAGUCUAGCCAGCGGCCUUACCAACGGUGGUCCCAUCACUAUUCUCUGGGGUCUAUGUUUGGUCACGUUCUGCAACACUUGCAUCGGCGUUUCCCUAGGAGAGAUGUGCAGCAGCAUGCCAACCGCUAUGGGCCAGGCCUACUGGGUCUCACGGCUCUGGCCGACUCCAGCUGGUCGCUUUACAUCGUACCUCUGCGCCUGGAUCAACACCUUUGGGUGGUGGACCUUGUCAGCUUCCACCGUAGCCUUCAUGACCGAGUUCAUCUUGGGAAUGAACUUGCUUUUUGACGAAACCGCGACGGCACCCCAAACCGGGUGGGUCCAGUUUCUGGUCUAUCUCGGCACGACAGCACUUUUAACCCUCUUGAACGUUGUUUCUUGUCGAAGGGACAAAAUCCUCCCAAUUUUCAAUAACUUUGUUGGUAUCACGUUUGCCGGGUUAUUUUUCGUGUUCGGCCUUGCUCUACUUAUAUCUGUGAGGACCAAAGACGGACUCCAAUUCCAACCCCCAUCGUUUGUUUUCGGGGCCUGGAUCAAUCGCACAGGUUGGAGUGAUGGGAUAGUAUGGUUCAUGGGCCUUGUCCAAAGCGCCUAUGGACUCACUGCUUUCGACGCCGCCAUCCAUCUUGUGGAGGAGAUACCUGCACCUCGGAAGAACAUCCCUCGGGUCAUCUGGUCUUCCAUCAUUUGCGGUGCUGCCACUGGAUUCCUAUUCAUGGUUGUCUGUCUCUUCUCCAUUCAAGACCUCGAACAGGUUCUCGACCCGACAACUGGCCUCCCAUUCAUGGAUCUUGUCAGAAGUACAGUCGGGCUGCAAGGAGCAGCAGUCCUAAUUGCUCUCUUCAUCAUCAAUGGCUUAGGCCAGGGGGUCACUGUGGUGACGACAGCGUCUAGACUCACAUGGGGCUUUGCUCGCGACGGAGGCAUCCCGUGGAGUUCCUACUUCUCCCAUGUUGACGAAACAUGGAAGGCACCCGUCCGUGCUCUUUGGUUACAAGGAUUCAUUAUCGGGCUCGUGGGUCUUCUUUACACUUUCUCCAAUACAGUUCUGGAGGCCAUCGUCGGCGUCAGUACUAUUGCUCUCACGAUAUCCUACGCUAUACCCAUUCUUACGCUCCUGGCGGUUGGGAGAAGUAAACUACCACCCGCGGAAUUCCGUCUUGGUCGGUACGGAGCCGCCGUUAACUGGGUAUCGAUUGUUUACUGUCUGAUAACGACCGUUUUCUUCUUCUUCCCAGCCGAGCCCAACCCAGCUAUUCCUGACAUGAACUAUGCUAUUGCUGUUUUCGGCAUUAUUCUCCUGUUCAGCAUCGGCUUUUGGUUCAUCAAAGGAAGGCAAACGUACUUGCAAGUCGAAGACAUUGCUGGACGCGUCAUUUAUGGCACAGCUGAGAAUCACCCCCAAAGCAUGGCCGAGCCUGAUUCGAAGAGAGACUGAAGUUUUGUACACUCCUUGAAUGUUGCUUUAAAUCAAUUCCAAUAGUUGCAAAUCAAGCGAAACCAA